UCUGGGAUGCAUUGCUCGAAUACGGCGAUUCUGAGCUACAGCCCGACAUUGGAACUUCCAGAUGUGUCGCGUUCUGGGAGAGGGCGUUGCCGUCGUAUUCGGACCUCGCCACGUGACUACGGCUUCCCUGGUGCACUCAGCCGUCGAGCGCCACCAGAUACCACACGUUUACAUCAACAGGGACAAUAGUGUUCCCGGUCCGGAUGCCACGUCCUUAACCUUUGCUCCACCGCAAGCAGAACUGGGGCUCGCCGUUAGGGACCUCAUCGCCUCCCAGCGGUGGUCUAGGUUUACGCUCGUUUACGAGCGCUCAGAGGCCUUAAUACACUUGAAAGAAGUUUUUCAUCUUCGAAGACCUGGGGAUCGUGAGCAGGUGGUCGUUUGCCUUCGCCCACUGCCACCUGGCGACGACUACCGGCCAGUUCUUCGGGACAUUGCUCAACACGGGGAGAAUAACAUUGUCCUUGACGUUUCUGCGUCCAGGCUUGCCGACCUACUGAAAUAUGCUCAGCUCCUAGGAAUUGUCACAGAAUAUCAUAAUUAUAUUAUUACUUCGCUGGAUCUUCACACUGUGGAUUUAACCGAGUUCCAAAGUAUCGGCGUCAACUUGACGGGAUUUCAGCUGCUGAAUCGCGAUCUUUGGGAAGACGACGGGAGAAGCACCCUGCAUCUGAAUAAAGCAGGUCCUCCUGUGCCAGUUUUCCCACGUAGUCGAGGACCAAAGAAGCUACCAAAGGUACAUGCUGCGCUGACCCAGGACGCUCUGCAGGCGUUGGUAUUAGGCCUAGAGAGUGUUUCCCAUCUACGCCUUGGUGCUCGAUUGCCGUCCGCAACGUGUGGAGCUGCAAGCAGUAGGCCCUGGCCGUACGCUUUGCCCCUCAUCAACGCCAUAAAAAAGCUUAACAUGGUAGGCCUUACGGGCCCAAUCCAACUCGACGGUCAUGGACGGAGAGCGAACGUAACGCUGCACGUCGUCCAACUCAAACGUACUGGGCUCGUGUCGAUUGGAACGUGGACAUUAAAGGCUGGGCUGAACAUCACCUUCACCUACUCCAUGGUCUACAGGGAAGUCCUGGAGACAUUAAGAAAUAGGACACUCAGGAUAACCACCCUCAUUAACUCUCCAUACGUGAUGCUGAAGCGCUCUUCGAACAAGCUCAACAGCAACGACCGCUUCGAAGGCUACUGUAUAGAUCUCAUUCGAGAAAUCUCGAAUGUCCUGCGCUUCAAUUAUGAGUUACGCAUGGUACGCGACGGAGCAUAUGGGUCCCGAAACGCCAAGGGCGAGUGGAACGGCAUGGUACGAGAGCUUAUAGACAAGGAAGCGGACCUCGCUAUUGGAGACCUGACAAUCACUUAUCUUCGCGAAGAAGUCGUAGACUUUACGAUGCCUGUCAUGACGCUGGGCAUCAGCAUCCUCUUCCAAAAACCAAAGGCAGAGCAGACACUCUUUUUCUUCUUGACUCCACUCUCAGUGGACGUGUGGGCGUCCAUGGCGGUCGCGUACCUGGCGAUCAGUGUCUUGCUCUUCGUGGUUGCUCGCUUCAGCCCGUACGAGUGGAGACCCAGCGCUCCUUGCCACUUGCUGACGUCGUCGGAAAAUGUCUCAGGUCUGCGGAAUCACUUUACUCUUCUUAACAGCUUCUGGUUCACCAUGAGCGCCAUCAUGCAGCAGGGAUGCGACACGUCGCCGAGGUCGACAUCGGCGCGGAUCAUCGCUGCCGUUUGGUGGUUCUUCUCUUUCGUGAUCAUCUCUUCGUACACGGCAAACCUGGCAUCUUUUCUCACGCGUGAGCGAAUGCGGUCACCAAUCCAGAGCGCGGAAGAUCUCUCCAAGCAAACGGAAAUUCUUUACGGAUGCGUCACGUCGGGUUCUACUGAGGCGUUUUUUAGAGAAUCGAAGUUCGAAACAUACGAGAAGUUAUGGCAGGCGAUGUCCAACGCCGACCCGACAGUGUUAACGGAGUCCAACGCGGAAGGUAUCAAGCGAGUGCGAGACGGGAACUACGCAUUCUUUAUGGAAUCUACCACCGUUGAAUAUGUCGUGGAGCGGGACUGCACUCUCACACAGAUCGGUGGUUUGCUCGACUCAAAGAGUUACGGAAUUGCCAUGCCGUCAGGUUCUCCCUACCGGACUCACAUCUCGUCGGCAAUCUUACAGCUCCAGGAGCAGGGUACCCUGCAGAUCUUGAAAGAUCGGUGGUGGAAGGUAGACAGCAACAAACGUUGUGCCGAUGACGUCGCUCAGGCUAAGUCUGGCGUCACCAGUGAGCUUGGACUGGCAAAAGUAGGGGGAGUUUUCGUCAUACUACUUGCGGGCCUUGGGCUCGCUUGCAUCAUCGUUUUCGGGGAGUUCAUCUGCAAAACCCGUUCCGGCGAAUACCGUUCAAAGCUCGAAGAUCAGGUCACGUGACACUGUAGGGGCAUUCAAGGUCGCACAGAACCACGUGCGGGCAACGAAAUGCAGCCUUGGACUCCUAACACCAAGAUCGUCGGCAGCCGCAUCUUCAUAUGAUAAUAAGAAAGCUCAGCAAAGAAGUCUGGUACCGUGAUAAUCGUCCCUGAACGAAGAGCCGUGGAAUUGUAUUAAAUAUCAAUACCUAACAAGGAAUGCAUCACCAACGGCGGCUAGGAUUGACCAGUCCCAUCAACAACUACGCUUCAGAAAAAUCAGUGAGACGAACAUUGUAUAGCAAACUCUACUGGAGUACACAACGCAAAGACACCACGUUGGCUUCGUUGCUCGCGUACUGUGUAUGUGUAAAUAUUCAGAUGCUGUUAUAUUUUCACAUUUGGAAUACAACGAAAGCUCCCUCAUAACAAAGACGUCCUCCAUCUUUGACAUGGCAAAGAUGGAAAUAAAUGAC